AUGGCCGAGGGCGGCGGGGGCGCGCGGAGGAGGGCGCCGGCGCUGCUCGAGGCGGCCCGCGCGCGCUACGAGAGCCUGCACAUCUCGGACGACGUGUUCGGCGAGUCGGGCCCGGACAGCGGCGGGAACCCCUUCUACAGCACAUCGGCCGCCUCGCACUCCUCCUCGGCUGCCUCCUCGGACGACGAACGCGAGCGCCCCGGCCCCCCGCCGCCGCCGCCCGGUGCUCCCGACGCGCAGGAAGCCGAGGAGGACGAGGCUGGCGCGGGCUGGAGCGCCACGCUGCGGGACCGCCCGCCCCCGCGCUUCGAGGACACCGGCGGUCCAACCCGAAAGAUGCCCCCCAGCGCCAGUGCCAUGGACUUCUUCCAGCUCUUUGUCCCCGACAACGUGCUCAAGAACAUGGUGGUGCAGACGAACAUGUACGCCAAGAAGUUCCAGGAGCGCUUCGGCAGCGACGGCGCCUGGGCCGAGGUGACGCUGACGGAGAUGAAGGCGUUCCUGGGCUACAUGAUCUCCACCAGCAUCUCCCACUGCGAGUCGGUCCUCAGCAUCUGGAGCGGCGGCUUCUACAGCAACAGGAGCCUCGCCCUGGUCAUGAGCCAGGCCCGCUUCGAGAAGAUCCUCAAGUACUUCCACGUGGUGGCCUUCCGCUCCAGCCAGACCACGCACGGCCUCUACAAGGUCCAGCCCUUCCUCGACUCCCUGCAGAACGGCUUCGACUCUGCCUUCAGGCCUUCCCAAACCCAGGUGCUACACGAACCCCUGAUUGACGAGGACCCCGUGUUCAUCGCCACGUGCACAGAGCGGGAACUGCGAAAGAGGAAAAAGCGGAAAUUCAGCCUCUGGGUCAGGCAGUGUUCUUCCACCGGCUUCAUCAUCCAGAUUUACGUCCACCUGAAGGAAGGCGGGGGUCCCGAUGGGCUGGAUGCGCUGAAGAAUAAGCCCCAGCUCCACAGCAUGGUCGCCCGAAGCCUGUGCCGGAACGCGGCGGGCAAGAACUACAUCAUCUUCACGGGGCCCAGCAUCACCAGCCUGACCCUGUUCGAGGAGCUGGAAAAGCAAGAGAUCUACUGCUGUGGCCUGCUCAGCCCCAGGAAGAGUGACUGCACCGGCCUGCCCCCGUCCAUGCUGAGCAACCCGGCCACCCCCCCGGCCCGGGGCCAGCACCGCAUCAAGAUGAAGGGGAACAUGUCUCUGAUCUGCUGGUACAACAAAGGGCCCUUCCGCUUCCUGACCAAUGCCUACUCGCCCGUGCAGCAAGGAGUGAUCAUCAAGAGGAAGACUGGGGAGAUCCCCUGCCCCUUGGCCGUGGAGGCGUUCGCUGCUCACCUUAGCUACAUCUGCAAAUACGACGACAAGUACAGCAAGUAUUUCAUUUCUCAUAAACCAAACAAGACCUGGCAACAGGUGUUCUGGUUCGCCAUCAGCAUCGCGAUCAAUAACGCCUACAUCCUGUACAAGAUGUCAGACGCCUACCAUGUGAAGAGGUACAGCCGGGCGCAGUUCGGCGAGAGACUGGUGAGGGAGCUGCUGGGUCUGGAGGAAGCCUCCCCAGCCCACUGAUGCCAGGCGGCCAGGCCUAAGUUAUUUUCUUACCGUUGCUUAAGAUCUUCUGUCAAAGGAAAAUGUCCCCCUUCUUUUCCGCCCCCUCCCUUCGCCCCAGCCGUGGCUGUUUGCGUGGUCACAGUUCGGUAUUCUGGGCCCCGUGACCGUGCCAGGACCGGAAAGGGCAGCUUGCUCCCAGAACGGACGUGCUUCUACUCCACCAAGGAGCACGGGGGGCCCUGGGGGCCUUAAGCGUUGCCGUAGACCUGAUCGUCUGCAGAAUUACUUGUUUGGGAAAACACGAGGCAUUGCUGCAACGCACGCCAACACGUCUGGGGGUGACACUGGCCAAUUCUCGCGCCCCGUGUGUGGUCACCUGGCUGGGUGUGCCCUCUGACCCCAUUGCCCCAGAGCCCCGCGGCUGGCACGGGCAAACCCAGGAAGGUGACCGGGUGACCAGCUUUGUUGGGGGCGAUCUCCCCAUAGGACCGCGAGAAGUACAUGCCAAGGCCGCUGGCAUCUGGGGCUCCUGCGCCCAGGUCCGCGUGUCUCCGGGGGAGACCUGGGCCAGGGUGAUCCCCUGGUCUGACCGUCCCCUGCAGACAAGAAACGAGCGAUUCCUGGAGUUACACGAUCCCCCUCCAGCCUGGUUUACGUAGCCCCUCAUUUUUUUUUUUUUUUUUUUUUUAACCAAAUGCAAAAUCUAUUCUACUCAGGCUUUGGGACGUUUUUCCUUGUUCACACUCAGUUAAUUAAACGUGUUGCUGGCCGCAUGCUCCUGAACUCCACGCCAUUCCUGCAGCCUGCGUUCGUGAUGAUCCCCCUCGCCCUGUGGUUUGAAUUCGACGCCACGGAUUGUAGGCCAAAUUUUAAAUUGUGUUUCCAAACACCUUCGCCGUGUCCUUUAAUUGGAUUGAAAGCACUUUUACCACAUGGAGAAAUAUAUUUUUAAUUUGUGAUGCUUUUCUACAAGGUCCACUAUUUCUGAGUUUAAU